GCAAAAAUCAAUCUUCCUGGAAUUAUAAAUUUGCCCUGUAAUGGUUCAUACUAUGUGCUCAUUCUUCAAAAGAAGGAAAAGAUAUGGAGAAAAGCAAGUUCCUAACAAGUUUAGCAGUUCUAAUACUUCUUUUGUCAUAUGUAAAUGCAACCAUGUCAGGGCCUAAAUGGCCUAAAGCUAGCAAGCAUUUCGUGUUAGUUCAUGGGGCUUGCCAUGGAGCCUGGUCAUGGUACAAGAUUAUGGCGAUGAUAAAAACUUCAGGACAUAAUGUAACAGCUCUUGACUUGGGCGCUUCAGGGGUCAACCCAAAGCAAGUCCUUGAAAUCCCACGUUUAUCUGAUUACUUUAGUCCGCUAAUGGAGUUCAUGUCUUCUCUUCCAGCAGAUGAAAAAGUGAUUCUUGUUGGCCAUAGCCUCGGUGGAUUUGCCAUUUCUAAAGCUAUGGAAAGCUUUCCAGAAAAGAUUUCAGUUGCUAUAUUUGUCACUGCUCUAAUGCCUGGUCCAACUCUCGAUGCAGCAACCAUCUUUAAUGAGUCAUCCAGCGGAGCAAUAUCUCAACUUGAUAAUCGUCUUACAUUCGAUAAUGGACCUACCAAUCCUCCAACAACCUUCAGCUUUGGUCCGAAGUACUUGGCGAGUUAUCUUUAUCCACUGAGCCCAAUUCAAGACUUGGCACUGGCUACUACAGUAGUAAGGCCAAUAUAUUUAUUCAGUUUGGAUGACAUAUCAAAGGAGAUAGUACUUUCAAGCAAAAAGUAUGGAUCAGUUAGGCGAGCGUACAUUGUUGUUGCUGAAGAUAAAGUUCUAAGGAAGGAAUUUCAACAGUUAAUGAUUGAAAAGAAUCCCCCGGAUGAAGUGAAAGAAAUUUUAGGCGCUGAUCACAUGGCCAUGAUGUCUAAGCCCCUUCAACUUUUUACUCUUCUUAUGCGUAUUGCCAACAAAUGACAAGCUACCUUAUUAGCUUAACCAGCUUGUAUUACAUAUUCAUGAAUAAUGCAUAAUUGAAAUAAAAAUAGAUUACCCUUCU